UGUACAUAUCUACAGUGUAGUUCCACAAAGUUCCUAGAGGAACUGCGAAAACUAUUUCUGAAAAUCUUGUAUAAAAUAUUAAAACGUGAUUGUGCCUCGUACAGCAAGAACUAAUUCAGUUAAAAUACUAGUCGACGACUCGGAAACUAUGGUAGAGACGUUAGAAAGAGCGCUGGCGCCAUUAUUGAUCAUUGGAUCGUUUUUCAAUUUGUACAUGUUCGAAUAUCCUUGUGGACAACCUAGGAUAUAUCUUUCUUACCUAUAUGUUUUGGCCAUAUGGGGCUUUCUUAUAUACUUCAUAUACUAUCCAACAUGCGUCAGACAUUUGCAAGAAAACAUCAUAUACAUAUUCGAUUUCAUUCCGUUGUUUGGCAUUACAUUAAGUCUCAUUUGCUUCAGUCGUUUUAAGGAUUUGAAAAUGUGCUUACGUAAACUUGCUAUAGUAGACGACACGUUGAAAGCUCUCGGAGCACUAAAGGAAUACCAAAGACUACGUAACUGGAUAAUUCGUAUAAUAAUCGGAAUGAUUGUAUACGUUUUUUGUGAAUUAGCAUAUAUUAAUAUUUUGUCUUUUAAUUAUCUUUCUUACGUAACUAUGAUUUGGCAUUUGACGUUAACAUUUCUGGAUAUUUACCCGACAUACAUCACUAUGUUAAGUUCUUUCAUUUCUGCAGCUCUCUUUGGAUACACAAGCUCUAGAUUUCAUCGAGUCAAUGAUCUCUUACAUGUACUCUGUUCUGACCUAUCCGGAAACAGUGCAGAUUACAAAAGACAAAAUAGAUCCAUCUUUUGUCAUCAGCGGAUAACAGGAGCUAAAGAUCACAUUCAAUAUAUAUGGAUUAUAAUGUAA